UACGGUCGUUCACGUCCGCUUCAGGUACUCGACCGCCCGUAUGCCACAGACCGUACCAACCGCAGCCGGCUAUUCGCCGUCAUUCGAUUACAGCACAUUCCAAUUCGACUUGUCCCUUCUUUCGGACGAUUAUGCCGCGGCGAACGCGCAGAACACUCUGAAACCAGCGCAGAUAAAGCAGGAAGCACAGUCACCACGACCCGGCUCGCCUACAGCUUACUCGAGUUCACCUUACCCCGGUGCCGGUGGAGAACUGUCCCCUAAUUACUCGCACGAAGGUUCUCCGGGGUAUCCAACGAGUCCCUACUACGUGCCCAGGAGUCCUCAGAGCGCGCAAUUCUACCCGACCAGUCCGGAACCCUCCGCGAAGCAGCCGGUCAAGAGGGAGAAGAGCCUCGACCUCCUGGCCAUCUUGCAAGAGUCCAGACUCUUGGCCGAGAGUCUGGGCUACAGAGAGGACUCCACCGAUUGCACAGUGCCGUGCACUCCACCCAGAACAGAGGAGGACAUCUACAACAGCCUUGACGCGGUCUUCUUCGCGAAGAAAGAGGAUACCGCAGUGCAAGGACACCCGUUGCUGAAGGAAAUCCUGUUCAAGGAGGAGCCCCGAUCCAACUGCAACAGCAGCAGCACCAACAGCAACAGCAGCAGCUCCUCCUCACCGUUGUCGUCCUCCUCGUCCAGCACUUCCUCCUCGCCUGAUCCAGUGGAACUCGAGAACAGUUCCUCGCUGAGGAACUUGCUGUUCAAGGGUACCAGAAAGGAUUUCGCGGACGCAGCGAGAACAAAUGUUCUGAAACUUGAGAGAAUACAGGACGAGGUCAGAAAUCCUCUGCAGAAGGAGGAGGAGCUGUUCAAGGACGGGCAAAAGAGCGAUCAUCAGUUGCUCAGAGAGGUUCUGAGGGAUACCAGCUUUCAAAGGAAGUACAAUCUGAGACCCGUGGACCUGGGCAGCGUUGGGACUGGAUUCGUGGAAGACAUGGAAGCCGGCGAAUGCGUCGGUGACCUAACCAGAGAGCAGAUCGAGCCUGUCCUUAGCCUGGCCAUUCAGCAACUGCAGAAGGACUUUGACAAUACCUGUGUGGCACUUGGUAUUCACCCUGAACCACGACGCUGGAGCGCCGCUGACGUUGCAGCCUGGAUCCAAUGGGCCAGAAGACAACUGCAAUUGCCCUCGGUGCCACUGGAGAGCUUCAACGUGGACGGUGCUACAUUAGCUUCCCUGACGGAAGAGGAAUUCUGUCAGCGUGCCCCUCAGUGUGGGAGCAUUCUUCAUGCACAACUGGAAAUUUGGAAGGCAGCCGUCGAGGAGUCUCCACGUAACACACUGGCAGCUUCCUGGGGUCCCACUGUUGUUCAGACACCGAACAACAACAGCAGCAACAACAACAAUAACAACACGUCAUCUACCAUUGCAAACCCAGCGCCAGCCAGUGUCAAAGGCUCCUCUUGCAGCGUAGAUUUCUCUGAUGAGGAGGACGAGGACUGCGGUUCGUCUCAGGCUGGAACAGGCGGAGGCGGUGGUGGCGGUGGUAAGAUGCGUAACGGUGGCUCGCACAUUCACCUCUGGCAGUUCCUGAAGGAGCUGCUGCAGAGCCCAGGUAUCCACGGGUCGUGCAUACGUUGGUUGGACCGCGGCAAGGGCGUGUUCAAGAUCGAGGACUCGGUCCGCGUGGCCAGGCUCUGGGGCAAGCGAAAGAAUCGGCCGGCCAUGAACUACGACAAGCUGAGCCGUAGCAUCAGACAGUACUACAAGAAAGGGAUUAUGAAGAAGACGGAACGUAGCCAGAGGCUGGUCUAUCAGUUCUGCCAUCCUUACUGCCUCUAA